CUCGAGACCAGUGCUUGAUAUCGUUUGACCACCUUCAUCAUCCAUGACAAACUGCAGAACCAGCAAUGACUCUUGGGCAUACCACAUGAGCACAGGCCAUAGAUAAUUCGCAGCAGCAGUAUCGGCAUCAGCGCAGAUCAUGGCUAGCUCAACCGAUCGCCCGUAUUCCAAAGCUGGGCCCGGGGACGGCCACCCCUUUCGACCAUACUAUACGCCUCGCGAGGAUGCAUUUGUCGUCUCAGCGCCACGAUUCAGUACCACGAAUGUGUCAUCCAGCGGCUCAUCAACAGGCUCCAAGGCAGGUUCAUCAGCAUCUGCAUCCGGGGUAUCGAGUGCGGUAUCAGGGACGCGAGGCAGCACCGGGAAGAGUCACUUAGGCGCGGGUCCACCCGCAGCAGCGCACAAUCGAUACUUUGACGGAUCGAGUGACGAGGAUUUGCUCGCAGCAGCAGCGGCCGGCUCAGGCUCUGGCGCCAGUCCGCCGUCUGGUGGUGGACUGCAAGAUCGUAGGUCGCUCACCCAGAUCGGUAAGGCGCUGCUCGUAGCCGGAGGACUGCAGUAUGCGUCCACGCUGCUCGCCAUGCCUUUCGAAGUAGGCAAGCUUCUGCUACAGAUCCAAUGGGCACCGAGAGAAGACGUGUGGGUCAAACACACCAUUCGAGCUGGCGCCAGGGCACAACAACAGGGCGUUCUCGCAUCCAACCGCAAAGCCCGCUCAGCCAAGGCAAGCGUAACAGACGAAAACGGAACGCAGGUUUGGGGAGACGAAGGAAGGAUGAAACGACGCAGACUCAGUGAGGCGGGAAUGGUCGCGCCGAGGGAGACAGACAUGAACAAUGUAGAUGAACCAGAAGACAUGUACGAAGGAGGCAGCCCGACAGAGCUUCUACCAGAGGCCGAAGGCGAUUGGGGGGAGUUAGAGGGCAAGGACUUUGGCGGGGAAGAUGACGAGCUUUCGGACGAAGAAGAUGCAGAGAAAUACUUCAACGACCUAUCAUCACGACCGCAGCGCUCCUUUGCGUCCAGCUCCCAUCAAGGCGUUAGUGGCACACGGCGAAAGGCGACAGAUCAGACAGGCUACGUCAUGCGAAAGAAUAUGUUCGAUGAGGGCACGCGGCCCGAGUUUGUCAUGCCCGUCGUCUUUACGGGCGGCGUAUGGGAGAUGAUCAAGGCGGUUGCACGGGGACGCGAAGGAUGGCUUGGUUUGUGGAAAGGAUCAUUCACAACAUUUGUGCUUGAUCUCGUAGCGGGUACCGUGCAGCCGAUGCUCAGUUCGUUCCUCUCCGUAUUCGUACCCGGCUCGAAAUCGCUCCUGCCACUGCCUUACACGCCGAAGCCAUGGCGGACGCUGUCGGUGAUCUUCGCCUCGCACCUCAUCACUGGCGUGCUUGUCUCACCUCUUGACUUGGUGCGCACGCGCCUCAUUGCGCAGUCCACGCUUCCGCGCCAUCGCAAAUAUCGAGGGCCGUACGAUGCGCUAGUCCAAGUGCUCGAGGAGGAAGGCGGAUGGAAGACGACGUACUUGCACCCACAUCUGCUCGUCCCCACAAUCCUUGAUUACACCUUCCGUCCCUUUAUCUCGCUUGCCACGCCGCUGUUCAUCGACCACUAUUUGCGGGUCGACCCGAACAGCAGUCCUGUGCUGUAUGCGUUAUGGGAGCUGAUUGUCAGCACGAUUGGCCUCGGACUCACACUACCGAUCGAGACGGUCCGCCGGCGACUGCAGGUGCAGGCGCGCGCGGAGUGGGGCAAGAAGCCGCAGACGAAGUUUGGAAGCAGUUUAGUGGUCAAGCUGGGCGCAGAUGGAACCGAGAUGCCAACGACACAGUCUGCGGCGUCGCGUACGCACUCUGGGGGACAAGGUGGCGUCGAUGCGCAACAAUCUAACAGUAGCAUCGGCAGUCACAGCGGCAGCGGCAGUCGUAUCGGCAUCAAAGGGCUCCGUACAUGCGUCGAGACACGCCCGGAGGCGUACGCCGGCGUUAUCGAUGCGCUGUACAGGAUCGUGACGGAGGAGACGACUAUCUCGCCAAAAGCCAAAGUCAAAGCCCGGCCCGGUCUUUCGGGAAGCGCGGACGAUUCUGCUGGCGUGCAUACACGUGAGGGAAGCACGGCGUCCGGCGCGGGCGGCGACGGCGCACUGGAGAUGGGGUUGGCCCGUUCGCAGAUCCUGGCGCCGAGCGGACACAGCUCGCUGGGCGGCCUCGGGGGCCUUUACCGCGGCUUCUCGAUGGGCUUUGGCGCGAACCUGCUUGUGUUUUUGCUCACUGUCGUCAGCGGCGAGCGCAAUACUGGCACCGGCUGGGCCGAGAUUUGAAAGCGCCCGCAUCAUCAGGAAGCGGCGCGCGUCCAUGUGAGCAGGCAGCGUCAGGCCCAAAAUUCAGGACACACCAACUCGCUGUUGUAAAUUAUGCAAGCACAUGCAGAUGGCCACCGAUUUUAAUGAACAUUUACCCGUGA